AUGUCUGGCUGGGAUUCGGAACCACGAAUGCAGAAAGGUUAUUUAUCUAAUUUAAAAAUUGAAACCAGUAUCUUUAAAAGUAGUGGUAAUGGCAACCACCUGAACUACAACAAUAACAACUUCACUCGGGGAAAUGGCAAUCGAAAUGGGAAUAAUAAUAAUAUUAAUGAAAGGCAAAAUUUUAAUUCUGGGCAAAGAUAUCACAGUGCUGUCUUAGAUAUUAAAGAAGGUAUGUGUAAGUUAGAAAUAAGCGAUAAAUUUGUUGAGUUAAAGUUAAUGAAAAGAUUUGCUGUUCAUGGAACGUACUUAUCAGAAUCACAAUACCUCACGGAUUUUCAAAGGGAAGAUUUAUCUUCAGUGUUAAGAAAGUUCAAAUCCGUUUUUAAUAAAAAAAACCAGUAG